CAAAAUCUCCUAACUAUCCCUCUCUCCUCCACCUAGAUACCAACCAUAGGUGCCAUGUCAUAUUUCUUGCCAUGUCAGCUUCCUUAAUGAAAUACAGCGUUUCAAAUAGUUAUCAAAUUACAUGUUUUGUGUUCUGUUUCAUCUCUCACAAAUUGGGUUUUUGAUUGAACCCUAAUUUUAAAAAAUGCGCUAGAUUCUUUCCCUCAUGAACAUCCCUAUUUCUAUUAUGAACCCUAAUUUCAAAAUAUUACAUCCCUCUUUCUCUCAUUAAUAGUUGAAAUUGAAGCAAACACAAAGCAUAAGUUUUUCGGCGACCAAUUUCAGUUUUUUGCUAUUUUUUAUACACUAUACACAAAGCCAAAACAUACAAAUUCAAUCAGCAAUUUCUGACCAUGGCAUUGCCCAAUUGGAUUGAACGAUUUGAGCUUAGUGGAGGACCUGACUACUCGGGUCAUGCCGAGUUUUUUUCAAUUCGAAUGUUCAGGAAUGUGAUAGAUCGUCAUGAUGGUUAUGACCGUAGGAUUUUAGGGUACAUUGACUGGUGUUGUGAAGACAGGAUUUCAAAGAUUGAGAUUGUGAGUAUGGGUAAAGCGUUAGGGUUAGAAGAUGAUGAUUUUUUCUAUUGCUGGAUACCUGAGAACACAGAGGGCCAUUUAAGGAGGAUUGAAAUUGAUUUGGAUGUAAUUACAAUGAGUCGAGCCGUGGGUCCGACUAGAAUAGUCAAUGUUGAGGCUAGGUUGGCUUUGAAUGACCGUGUUGUCAAUACAGAUGUUGCAGAUGCAGAUUAUCUUGGGGAAGAUAGUGAUAUAAAUGAUUCAGAUUAUGAUUUUAAUGAGGACGAGGAUCAUGAUAAUGAACAAGAUAUGGAAAAUGAAGAAAAUUUUGAACCUGCUGCUCCACCUGAGCCUGUUGUUCCACCUGGAGCUGAUAAUGAAUAUGAGGCUGUUGAACAUGAAGGUCAAGUAGAUUGCCCUUCAUCUGAGUAUGCUGGUUCAGAGGAGUUACAUUCGUGCUCUGACUCUGACAAUGAAGGCUCAAGUAAGUCUAGAUUUCCAGAUUUUUGGGAAGAAAAUAUGGGUGAUCCUAGGUUUGAAAUUGGUAUGAUAUUUAAGAGUUUCAAGCAGUUUAAAGAGGCGGUUAGAAACUAUGGCAUAAAGAAUAGGUAUGUUAUAAACUUCAAGCCUAAUAACAAGCAAAGAUGCAAAGCUAUAUGCAAGAAAGGUUGUCCUUUUUAUCUUUGGAGUUCCUUAAUUAGCAAAGACAACCCCACAAUUCAGAUUAAAAAUGGAAUUUUGUCUCAUUCUUGCUCUAGAGACCAUAAUAUUAGGCAUGUCAAUACUAAGUGGAUAUCUUUGCAUUACCUCGAGCAAUUUAGGGCAGACCCUACAUGGAAAUUGGAAGGCAUUAUGCAAGCAGUGAGGGAAAACCAGAAGGCUGAUAUCUCAAAAAUGAUAGCUUACAGAGCAAAAAAGGCAGCAAUGCUCAUUAUAAAUGGUGAUGAGACUGAGCAAUUUAAUAUGCUUUAUGACUAUAGACUGGAGCUUCUGCGAACACAUCCUACCUCAACAGUCAUGUUCAAGCAAGAUAAUUGUGUGUUUAAAGGGAUGUAUGUUUGUCUUGCUCCUUUAAGAGAUGGCUUUAAGGAUGGGUGUAGAAGAGUCAUUUCCGUGGAUGGUUGUUGGCCCAAGGGGCUAUAUGGGGGCCAACUGCUUACGGCUGUUGGGAUAGAUGCAAAUGAUUGCAUCUAUCCAAUUGCAUGGGCUGUUGUGGACGGAGAAACUAAAGAAAAUUGGCUCUGGUUUCUUGAAUUGCUGGGUCAAGACUUGGAGAUAAAUCAGAGCACUAAUUGGGCAUUCAUGAGUGACAGACAAAAGGUAUGAACCCUGAUUUCAUGCUUCUUAAUUUUUAUGCUUUUCAAUUUAACUUUAAAACUAUUAUUCAAUUUUAUAUAAAUCAGAGCACUAGGAAAGAGGCACUGUACAUGAAAUAAAUGUUGGAAACUGAUGUAAAAUAGAU